ACAGCAAGGAGACCACCACCACUGCGACGAUGACGAUUAGCGAGACACAGAGAUAGCAGUAACAGCAGCAGCAGCAGCAAGAAGACGACUGUGACUAUGACGACGACUGGGAAGAGACAGAGAUAGCAGCAGCAGCAACAGCAACAAGAAGAUGACUGCGACUACGACUGACGCGAUGUAGCAGCAGCAGCAGCGAUACCAGCAGAAAGAGAGAGAGAGAGAGAGAGGUAGUGUGAGUGAGAGAGAAAGAAAGAAAUAGAGAAAGAGAGAGAUAGAAAUAGCAUCAUCAUCAUCAUCAGCAGCAGCAUUAACAACACGACUGCUACCACGACUCGCGAGCGGUAGCAGCAGCAGCAGCAGCCGCCGCCGUGCCAGAACGACUGUAGUUCAAGUCUGCUGCCCUGCCUCCUCCUCCCUCCUCCUCCACCACCACCACCUUCUAUAAGGACACUAGUAGCAGUAGUAAUAGUAGUGAUGGUAGCAGCAGCAGUAGCAGCAGCAGCAGCAGUAGUAGUAGUCAUGGUGGAGUAAGGAACAUGGCGGAUUGGCGAAGUCGGUGUCGAACUGUUGUCUACAUCUUCAUCUCUUCCUUUUACCUCUUCUCUUCUUUCCAACAUCGUCUCUCCAUCGGCGAGAUGUGACGGUUAUCGGGCGUCGAGAUGUCGUCUUCGUCGUCCCCUUUUUAAUACAUACCCCUCCCCUUAUAUGAUAUAUAUACCCUGACCCUUUAAUAUCGUCAUUCGUUUGUGAUAACCACACACACACACACACACACGCAUACAUACACACGCACGCACGCACACACACACGCACACAUACAUAAAUACACACACACACACACGCUCAUACAUACAUAUAUAUAUAUGUGUAUAUAUACCCGGGUAUAUAUAUAUUUGUAUAUAUAUAUGGGUACAAGAAAGAAAGGGAAUCAACAACAUUUAACAAACAGAAUAGCUUGUGUGAAAAAGAGGGAGAGAGAGAAAAGCAAGCAAGGAAUUGGCUGGAUACUGUCCAAGAAGAGCACUUGUCUCUCCUCUGCCUCUAUCAAACCUAUUCUCACUGAGUGGACCCUGGAUAGAAUUUAAGAGUAACCAGAACAUUUGACACUGGAUAAAUUAUUAACUCAAACACACGCAUAAUAAAGAAUGGCUGAAAGAUAUGAAGAUACAUCUUCAGGACAAAUUUGUACCAGCCCUGCAUAUCAUGUCUUUACUUCAUCAUCAGCUGAAUCUUCACAGUUAUCUGACUCUUCAACAUCAUCCAGUUUACUGCAACAUGUUGACAAAAGUCAAGACUACUGUGGUUCCAUUCAGAACAUUGGAACAUCUAAAGUCAGGUGGGAAUGGGUUGAGAUUAUUGAACCAAAAACUAAGGAACCCAUGUAUGCCAACCUGACCACUGGUGAAUGUGUUUGGGACCCGCCGCCUGGUGUUAAAAUUAAAAAAACAGAUGAUAACCAGUGGUGGGAGCUGUUUGAUCCAAAUACUUCAAGGUUUUACUACUACAAUGCAACCAGCCAAAGAACUGUCUGGCAAAGGCCACAAAACUGUGACAUCAUACCUUUAGCCAAGCUGCAGACUUUGAAACAAAAUACUGAGGUUCGUGAUGAUGAUUCGAAGCAGAUAUGCAUCAAGAGAGAAAUGGGGACACAAACUCCAGAUAGCAGGAGCCCUCGUCGAGAUCAUGUCCGCACAGGAUCCCUCAAGUCGUCUCACCAAACCCAGACAUGCACCAUUUUGGCACGCAGUCGAUUUGAUCGUCAAGAUUCUCUGUCGUCCCACAGCAGCUCCAGUCAUGAAUAUCAUAUUAAUGGGGAGCAGCGCCUCCGCCGUAGAGGUAGCCAACCCACCCAGUCUACCCAGCAAUUGGACAGAUCUCAGGAUCUUGCCAUCCAAGGAAGACUGGUACGUCGAGAUUCUUUCGAAAGGUCUGCAUCCCUGCGGCUACGAGACUCUCCUCGUAUCCAGAGGGCCCAUAUUUCUCAAAAGAACAUGGACAGCUGUGGGACACAGACGCCAAUGCAGACAAGACAUGGAAGUUACCGCUGGCACGACAGUCCAAGCAAGAUAGAUAAUCAUUCUUUUCAUGGUCGACAAGGAAGUUAUGGAGAACAAGGAGGGAACUAUCGAACCGAUAUUUACUGUGCCAGCCCUCUCCAAACUAAAUCAGAAAUCUACGGCUCAGAAACUAUUAUUGGAACCGAUCGAAGUAUUUAUGGAGGAGAUUAUUCCUCUGGCAAAGAAGAAUUUAUUGCAUUUAGUCAAGAUAUAGUAAACCAACAAGGUGAUAUUAGCCCAAUUCCCCACAAGCCCAAACCGAGAUCAUUUCCUCGUACCAAUCCAGCUUAUGUAGGUGUACCUCGAAGAGAUGGACAGACUUCUUACAAGAAAAUUAACGUUGACCAAUCUGCCCCAGCUUACGAUAUCCCUUAUCAACCAGAACAAAUCGUGAUGACUCUUCAAAGUUCACAAAGUGGUAACACAUAUAGUGACCCGUAUGGAUAUAAUCGUCACGAUAGAUCAGAUAGUGAUACAUCCCACUCAUCUCACCGAGGUGGUUACCUCCACGAGCGUACUGACAGCCAGGCUUCCCAUUCGUCGAGGAACCGUGAUCUGUCAGAUAGCCAAUCCUCCCAAGGGUCUCUGCGCAACAUGUCCGACACUCACUCUUCCCAAGGGUCACUACGCAAUAUGCAAGACAGUGCCGUGUCCGUACAGGAUAGCAUUUCAUCGAAGGGUUCAUUUCAGAGUACUGACCAGGAUUACGCAUGUAUCCAUGAACGGUCCAACAAUCAAAUGUCUCUCCGCUCAUUGCUUCAGUCAGAGCCAGAGUACGCAAAUCUACCGUUCAGUCCUCAGAAAUCUGAUUCCUCUUUAAUCACAUUAUCAUAUGACCAAAAUAACUUUAAAAAUAUUUUAAAAUCCAAAAAGAGCAGUGGAAGUGAUUUUAAUGAGGUUUGCUUGGACAAUCGUGCUGGGAGUAUACUCCAAGACUAUACUUACCAACAGUGCUUACCAGGCAGCCAUCGAUCUCUAAUUACACAUAAUUCAAGUUACCACUCUGAAAAUAUUCCGGAUCAAGGUUUUGAGGAAUCUGACACCAGCAGUGCGCUCUCUGGCUCUCCAAGACUGCAACCCCACUCAGUACAAACAAAUUCUUCCAUAGAUACACAACAUGCUUCCUUGAAACGGAAAAAAGGGGAAAAGGCUGAACCUGUGGCGUCACCUGUACUAGAAAAGAGCCAAUCUCUACAGACAGAGCUGGCUCAGCAGCGUCCUCUCUCUAUGGUAGUUGCAUCCCAAUCUGAGGCAAAUGUUUCGCUAAGUCCCAGCACUGGAUCUCUUCACAGACAGGUGGUCCGGGGAGGAGGGGCGGUUUCCUCCUCGGAGUCUGCCUUAUAUUCAACGCAUUAUCAUCAACUCAAGAAGCUGUCCUCCGAUAGGGAUAUUGAAAACUAUGCACAGACUCAUCUUAAUAGGCAUAAGAAAGGAAUAUUUGGCAAAAGAGUUUCAUUAGCCAAUAUGUUGGCUUGGUCUAAGGAUCCCAUCCAGAAACCGAUGCUUAGAACCAACGAUAAAGCCGUGAAAAGAGAAGCGUGUGAAGUCUUCAAGCUUAUUCAAAUGUACAUGGGAGACAGGAAACCCAAAUCUACCCCACUCCAAGUGGCUCUAGAAAUUACAGUGAAAGGUUGGACCAUGCCAUCUCUACGAGAUGAAAUUUUUAUUCAGUUAUGUAGGCAAACAACAGAGAAUCGUAAGGAGGCCAGCUUACAGAGAGGUUGGGAGCUGUUAGCUAUCUGCUUAUCCUUCUUUCCACCAUCGCUAAAAUUUUAUUCUUACUUAGAAGGUUACAUUUCACGACAUUUAGACCCUACCUGUGAUCUCCUUGAGGUGCCUGUGAGUCAUUUUGCUAGUCAUUGCCAACGCCGUUUAGAACGAGCCCUGCAGACUGGUGCGAAGAAAGGAGUUCGUAAGCCUGCCCUUGAAGAAAUUGAACAAUCUAAGAAAUCCAUAUUUUACCCAUCAAUGUUUGGAAGUGUGCUUGUGGAUGUGAUGUUGAUGCAGAAAGAAAAGUUCCCAGAAAGAAGGUUACCAUGGAUACAGACCACUCUUUCGGAAGAGGUGCUUCGACUUAACGGUGCUCAAACCGAAGGAAUAUUCAGAGUCCCUGGUGAUAUUGAUGAAGUGAAUGCCUUAAAGAUCCGGUGUGACCAGUGGAUUCCACCCACCGAUUGUCCAGAUCCGCAUGUCCCUGCAUCAUUGUUGAAGCUGUGGUAUCGAGAACUCUAUGAACCUUUAAUACCAGCAGCUUAUUACGAAGACUGUAUCAUGAAUUACGACAACUCAGACGCUGCAAUCACCGUUGUCAACCGACUUCCAGAGAUUAACCGACUUGUACUCUCUUAUUUAAUCAGAUUCUUACAGGUAUUUGCUGCCCCUGAAAAUGCUGCUGUGACUAAAAUGGAUGUUAAUAAUCUUGCCAUGGUAAUGGCUCCAAACUGUCUCCGAUGUGAAAGUGAAGACCCCAAAGUAAUUUUCGAGAACACGCGAAAGGAAAUGGGAUUUAUAAGAACUCUUAUCCAAAAUCUAGACACCAGUUUUAUGGAAGGCAUAAUUUAAUUGCUCAUGGCAUUUGAGUUUUUGUGCUUUCAUUACAAUACACUUAAGAAUAAUAUAAUUGUUUAUAUAUAUAUAUAUAUAUAUAUAGACACACACACACACACAUGUGCACACACUUUAUUUUUUGUUUUUUGUUAAGAGUGUCUGUGUGAUUGAAAUUAUACACAUGAUAUGUAUCUGUUUGUAUUCAGAAAAUGGAAAGAUUUAAGCAUCUAAUAAUUAUGUUAUUUUUAUUCUAAUCAUUAUUAUCAUCAUUAUUUGUCAGGGGAAAUUAGCUAACAAAUUAAAAAGCCUACAUUUAUUAUAUUUUUUAUUUCUAAUAUCUUUUUUUUUUUUUUGGUCCAAGAUAAAGCUUUAUAUUGUGUUAACUGGCAUAGCUAAGCAGUGAUAUCUUUUAAAAAGGCAGCUAUUGGCAAUUAGGCAAUAACACAGGUUGUUAUUGCUGUCAGGCUCUGCUUACCUCCACUCAAUGUACUUUCAGUUGAACACUGACCCACCAACAUUUAACCAGAUUUCUUAUUUUACUCUCCCUCUCUCUCUCGCUCUCUCUCUCUCUCAUCUAUCGAUCUAUCUAAUCUAAUUUAUCAAUCCAUCUAUUUGUCAAUUUAUCUUUAAAAAAACUUUAUUUUCAUUUUUUUCCCUAAAGAAAUAUCCAUUUAGUUAUAAACUAGCUAAAAUCAAGAAAAAAAA